AAGUCCACGGAGGCGAACAAUAGUGGAAGAUAAAACGACACACUCUUUUGCGUUUUACAGACAGGGAAGGGAUUAGCUCCUCCAUAUUUCCAUUUCCAGAUAUAUUGUAACUGCUGCUCAUAUAUCAAAGCAACCAAACACACUCUUUUUAAUUUUUUUUUUUUGUUUUUGUUUUUCUAUUUUUUUCUUUUAAAAAUAAAAAUUUUCCCAGAAAAAUCGACGUCUCACCUAGAGGUUACGGAGGAAUAUGAAAGUUUGCUUUAGAUCUAAGAGACGAACAGAUUAACAGAAAGAGAGAAGGGAGAGACUUAUUUUUUAUUUUUUCUCCUGAAACCAAGCCAAUUUGGUACCAAAUUUUCCCAAACACGCUACCACGUCGGAUUGGAUAAAUUCAGCCUGGAGCGAAAUCCAGAACUUCUAUCAGCAGUUAAAAUGAGUGUGUGUGUACAAUUUGAGAACGGUUUGUUUUCAUGGCAUUGAGUCAGGAUCUAAUGGUGAUUGAGGCUUGUCGGUGGUGAUCUGUUUGGAGUUACAGUGGGCGCGAAGAACGGAGUGGAUCGGAUGGACAAGAACAAGAGCCGUACCGAUCUGCUCGCUGCUGGCAAGAAGAAGCUUCAACAAUUUCGUCAGAAGAAGGAUGGUAAAGGAAGUGGAAGCCAUGGAAAAUCAACAAAAAAGUCUGGCAAAUCAGAGAAGCAUGAAACUGAUGCAAUGCCAACUGUUGCUGAACCUACUGCCUCAUCAGAGGUUCCUGGAGGGGAAAUUGUGGCUCGUGUUGAUUCUGAUUUGGCGGUUGGUGACUCAUUGGAGUCGCAUUCUAUGGGAAAAUCUGUUGUUACUGAUAGUGAUGUUUCUGUUGUGGAUCCAUCCACACUGGCCAUUACACGUGAGGCAAAUGAAUCUGUACUAGCGCAUGAUCCUGAAUUGACAACAGUGAAGAUGGGGGUUAGUGAGCAUGAAGUUGACCUGGUCCAAAAUGGGGGGACAGGUACUGGGACAGUUGAUGCUGAAGUGGCAGGAAUUAUGCCUGUGAAUUCAGAUGGUAUGACUUCUGGAGGGAAAACCGAAGAUGGUAACAUGUCUGAAUCAGUUGAUUCUACAGAGGGAGUGACAAGAACUAUUGAAUCCCAGAGUGUGAAUAGGGGAGAUCUACCUUCUGAGGAGGAUACCCCUGAGGCAUCCGUGUUGCAGGCAAGAGAAGAUCAGGUAACAGCUGUAGGGGCAAUGCAGGAAGCUGAUGGUUUGGAUGGGACACAAUCUGACCGUAGCCGUGAAGUAGAUCUCCAAGGACAUAUCAAGCUUCCGUCUGAGGUUGACAUAUCUGCUGAAACUUUACCAGGGAUAGCUUUGUUGCCCACCAGUGUGGAGGCAUCCUAUGACGUUGAUCAAUGUGGUAAGGUAGAUGAUGUUUCUAUUUCAGCUGGAGCAGAUGUGUCAGAUGGGUUUUCAGCUUCUGCUUUGGCUUUACCUGACGUAGAGAUUUCAUCUGCUAGUCCUGCUUUGGAGAAUCAGCAGAGAAUGGCUGCUGAGACAGGCUCAUUUUAUGAAGAAACGGCAGAAAUAUUAUCCAGGUCUGGUGAUUACGGAAACGGAUGGGAAAACAGAGUUCAAGAUCAUACGGGAGAUAGUUCAGUUGCAGAGGGGUAUAAUCAACAGACACUGGUUAGCCUUGAAGGGCCUGUGGAAACCGAUGUGUCUACUACUGCACAUUUGAGCUCAAUUAGUCUUUCCCAACUCACUUGCUUUAUUAGGGGGCUUAGUGAAGAAGAUUAUAGGUUUCUGCUUAAGUCAAGAGAACCUGUUUCUAAUUCAGAGCUGGGGACCUCUAAUUCAAUUGUAGUGGACAAUAAAUUUUCAGAUCUGUUGGACAGGCUAAAAGAAGAACUAUUUCUUACAAAUUUUACAAAAGAUAUUUUUCAAUUGCAACUUUCUCAGCAAUGUGAACUACAGGUGGAGUUUGAUCACAAGCAUCGUCAGUUGGUUGAUGAAAUGUCUCUGCUUAGUGCUUCGUGCAAUGAAGUUCGUGAAAGGAACCAACACCUUACUGAGGAGCUUGCACAUUGCAGAUAUGAACUUGAAGCUGUUACCAGUGGGCGGAUGGAGCUUGAAAACCAGUUGAAUGCUGCGAAGGUUGAGGUUGGAGAUCUAUCUGCUAGAGCAUAUGAAUUGCAGAACAGUCUUGAAAGGUCGGAGGGGGAUUUGAUGAGCCUGUCAUCAGAGUUAGCUGACUUCAAGAAUUUGGUGGCAACUUUAAAGGGAGAAAAUGAGAACUUAAGUGAAACUAUUAUUUCAUUGACUGAAGAGAGAAAGAAAUGUCUUGAGGAGAAUGAGAAGCUUUCAACAGAGUUAGCUGACUGCAGAACGGUGAUAACGGCUCUACAGUUUGAAUCUUCCAACUUAACUGGGAAUCUUUCUUCGGUGACAGAGGAUAGAAAGAAGCUUGAGGAUGAGAAGGAGCAUCUAUGUAUUGAGAAUGGCAAACUAUCAACAGAAUUGGCUGGCUGUAAGGAUUUGAUCUCUGCCUUGCAGAUAGAAAUUGAUAACUUAAAGGGGAACCUCGCUCUUGUGACAGACGAGAGAGAGAAACUUGAAGGGGACAAGAAACUUUCUUCUCUUGAGAAUGAGAGACUUUCAUCUGAACUUCUUGUUCUUCAAGAACAAUUAUCCACAGAACAUGGAGAACGAACAAGGAUUGAGGUUGAUCUCAAAGAAGUGAAGAUGCACCUGGAACAACUCAUGGAGGAAAAUAUAUCUCUUACUAGCAGUUUGGAUGUGCAUAAAGCUAGAUUGACAGAGGCUAAUAGCAGAAGUAUUGAAAUGGCUGCUCAAGUUGGGGAGGCUGAGAAUCAAGUUGAAAUUUCUGAAGUACAAAGCAAGAGCCAUGAAAAUGCAACUCCUAGUGAAGACUCUCAUCAAAUUGUGAAGGGAGAUGGAGUUUCCUUUCCUUUAGUUAAGAGGCCUCUAUCUGAUAGCUUUUCUGGAGAGGAAGUCUACAAUGACUCCUUUGGCUUUGUGGCCUUGAAGAUUCACUUGGAGGAGGCAGAGAAAAUAUUGAAUCAUCUUGAAAAGGCAAUUGAAGGGGUUCAUUAUCAAUCAACAUCUUUUAGCAGGUCAGGAGACAAAUCUAGUCCACCUGGAGUAUCUAAACUUAUUCAGGCCUUUGAAUCAAAGGUUCCUCUUGAUGAACAUGAGGCAGAGGACAAGGCUUCAACUGAAAACCAGUCACCAGCAGCAGAUCCAUUUAUAUUAACAAAAGAGCAUACUGGAAAUUUAAGGGCUUUAUUGGAGCAGUUGGUCCUGGAUGCUGCAAAUGCCAGUUUGAUGUUCAAGGGGGAACGUGAUAGUAGAGAGAAUGCUGAUGCUGCAUUUAGAGGGCUAAAUGAUCAAUAUGAAGCUUUGAGGGAGCACAGUAACAAUUUGGAGGCAAAUGUCAUUGAGUUUGAGGUUCUAUAUGAGUCUGUAAAGCAACAUGGGGGCAACAUUGAAGCGGCAAACAGUGAGCUUGUGGUUUUAUGUGAAGCUGUUAAACAACAAGCUACUAGUCUUAAAGCAGAAAACAGCGAACUUGUAACUAAGCUGCAUGAAUAUGAAUCUAGAAUUAGUGAAAUUCAGAGUCAGUUGUAUGAUGUACAGCAAAAUUCAAAAGAUAUGGCAUCUGAGAUUUCUAAGCAACUGGAAAUUUUGCAGAAAGAAGUGGAUGAAAGGGUGUUGAUACUUGAGCAAGAUCGGAAUUCUACUUUUGCUGAGAUUGUUGAAAUAGUCCGGAAGCUUGAUGAAUCGGUCGGAAAUUCUGGUUUGACUGUAUCCGGCCCUCACGAUGGCUUGGAUGUAGUUAGUCUUGUUGCUGCUUCUGUCAAUGCUGCUGCCAAAGUAAUUGAGGAUAUAUGGAAGAAACUUGAAACUGCUCGAACAGACCAAGAAGCUAUUUAUACCUCCUACAGAGAAGCAAACAAGAACUGUGAUGAUAUGCGGCAAAAGAAUGAUCUGGCUGUUGGCAUAUUACAACAAAUGCAUAGUGACCUUAGAAAACUUCUUACCGACCUGCAUGGAUCAACUGAAGAAAAUGAGUUGAGCAUCGAAAAUGAAAAGCUUUUGGAACCUCUAGAUUAUGACAGCUAUAAAACCCUAAUGGAAGAGCUGGACAGUUUUCGGAGUGAGAGGCUGGAACUGGAAUAUGUUAACAAGAAGUUAAAUUCAGAAUUGAUUAAAAUAAUGGGAGAAUUUGAAGAACAUAAAAAAAGAUGUCUUGAUUCAAAUGCUAUUUCCAAGUUAACUGAGGAUGUUGAGGGUGUUCUAAAACUGGAAGAUACUGAGAUUGACAUGGAUGCAUCGCCUGCUUCACGUUUUGAAUUAUUGGUGUCUAUCCUUAUACAGAAGUACAAGGCUGAUGAUAUGCAGGUAUGCUUAGCUAGAGAUGAGUACGGAUCCAAGGUGAUGGAAUUGGCUGAAUCGCAGGAGGAAAUAAAAAACAUGAUUGCUUUGUGUCUUCAGUAUGAAAAUGAAGUAUUUGUUCUCAAGGAAGGUUUAACUCAGGCUAAUGAAGCCCUUAGUGCCGCUCAUUCUGAGCUACAAGUGAAAAUAAGUGAACUUGACCAGUCGGAACAGCAGAGAUUAUCUACUAGAGAGAAGCUUAGCAUUGCUGUUGCUAAAGGGAAAGGUUUAAUUGUGCAGCGAGAUAAUCUCAAGCAGUCCUUGGCAGAGACAUCUAAUGAACUUGAAAGAUGCUUGCAGGACCUACACUUUAAAGAUGCGAAGCUUCAUGAGGUUGAAAUAAAACUCAAGGCAUAUUCAGAGGCUGGUGAGCGUGUUGAAGCUCUGGAGUCUGAGCUUUCUUACAUUCGCAAUUCAGCUACUGGGCUGAGGGAAUCAUUCCUUCUCAAAGAUUCUGUUCUUCAGAGAAUAGAAGAGAUUUUAGAAGACUUAGAUCUGCCAGAGCAUUUUCAUUCGAGGGAUAUUAUUGAGAAGAUUGAUUGGCUAGCAAGGACAGCUACAGGUAAUCCUUUGCCUCAUACUGAUUGGGAUCAAAAGAGUUCUGCUGGAGGAGGUUCAUACUCUGAUGUAGGUUUUGUUGGAAUGGAGCCCUGGAAAGAUGAUGGACAGCCAAACUUAAAUACAGGUGAAGAUUUGAAAAGAAAGUAUGAGGAACUUCAAAGUAAGUUUUAUGGGUUGGCUGAACAGAAUGAAAUGCUGGAGCAGUCUUUGAUGGAAAGGAAUAACAUGGUGCAGAGAUGGGAAGAACUUCUAGAUAGGAUUGAUAUGCCAGCGCAUUUGCGGUCUGUGGAGCCAGAGGAUAGAAUUGAGUGGUUAGGAAGUGCACUUUUGGAGGCACAUCGUGAGACUAUCUCGCUUCAGCAGAAGGUUGAUAACUUUGAAAACUAUUGUGGAUCACUAACUUCUGAUUUGGAAGACUCACAAAGGAGGAUAUCUGACCUUGAGGCAUCUCUACAGGCAGUCAUCCAUGAGAAAGAGAAUCUUUCUGAAAGAUUGGAGAUUCUGAAACAAGAUCAUGAACAUUUAUCAUCAAAGGCAUCCCAGUUCGAAGUUGAAAACAAAAUGCUACAGACUGAAGUUGCUGGAUUCCAGGAAAAUGAGGCUGAGAUGCUUGGGAAUGAGAAGCGCAUGGCAGAGUUUGAAGCUGAGAACAAGGUUCUGCAGGAUGAGGUAACUAGGUUAAAGGAGAAUGUGGCUGAGAUGCUUGGGAAUGAGAAGCACACUGAAGGCGAAAUUAAAAAAUUGCAGGGUUUGAUUUGUGAUGCUUUGCAUGAUCCUAGAACUCAAGAACAAGUUUCUGCUGGCUGCAGCAUUGAAUGCUUGGAAGUCUUAUUGAGGAAGCUUUUAGAUGACUGUGCAACCUUUUCUUUGGAAAAAGCUGUGCUUGAUAGUGCAGUUGAUGGGCUCCACGCUGAUGCCACACAUGAUGGAGUGAGAAGCAGAAGUUGGGAAUCAGAUAUAGCUCUCUUGAAGAAAGAACUUGAGGAGGCUUUGCAUGAUUUGAUGUGCGUGAAGGAGGAGAGAGAUGGAUAUGUGCUGAAACAACAAAAUAUGGCUUAUGAAAUUGAAGCUCUGAACAAAAAAAAGGAGGAGUUACAAUCACUUCUUAAUCAGGAGGAGCAGAAGUCAGUUUCUUUGAGAGAGAAGUUAAACGUUGCAGUUAGAAAGGGCAAGUUAUUGGUGCAACAACGUGACAGUCUGAAACAAACUAAUGAAGAAAUUAAGACUGAGAUGGAACAUUUAAAAUCUGAGGUUAACAUCCAAAAAAAUAAACUCUCAGAGUAUGAACAGAAGUUCAGGGAUCUGUCUGUUUAUCCAGAAAGGGUUGAAGCCCUAGAAUCCGAGACUUUGUUCUUGAGGAAUCAUUUGACUGAAAGUGAACACCAUCUGCAGGAGGCAGGAAAUACUUUGAGUGCGAUUUUGACUAGCAUAGGUGACAUUGAUGUUGGUGAUAUAGUUGAUUCUGGUGAUCCAAUCAAGAAACUAAAGCAAAUUGCAAAACUAUGUGCUGAUUUACGUUCAGAUAUGGCUUCUUCACAGCAGGAGUCUAGAAAGUCUAAAAGAGCAGCAGAGCUACUCCUAGCAGAACUGAAUGAAGUUCAAGAGAGAAAUGAUGGUCUCCAAGAAGACUUAGCCAAAGCUGCAACUGAGCUUGCUGAAGUCACCAAGGAAAGGGAGCUAGCAGAGGCUGCCAAACUUGAAGCUCUUUCACGUUUUGAAGAGUUAUAUAAGGUUCACUCUGCGGAACAGAAUAAUCAAUUCACGGAAUGCAUGGGACUAAAAGCUAGUGUAGAUCAACUCAGGAAUGGUUUACAUGACAUUAAUAAUUUACUGACUGAUGUUUUCCACAAGGACUGGGAAAUUUUGCAGAGUCUGGAGACUGGUAUGAACUCAUGUACCAAACCAAGUAAUGCUACUGCUGUGGUUGGUAUGCCUCAUCUAAAUAUAUAUGGCGGCCUUAUAUCUGCCAAUUCAGAUGAAAAGGAUAAUUUUUCUUCUAUGGAGAUUUGGUCAAACUCCAUUAAGCAGGAGCAUUUUGAUGGCAACUUUGUCAGUGAAAUCUGUAGUUCUGUGGGCCAUCAACUGCAAGACCUCAUGAUUGAGGUUGGUGUGCUUAAAGAAAAGCUACAUAAACAUUCCAGUUUAUUGCAGGAACAGGCUGCCAAUCUAUUUAAAGUAAUGUCAGUUGUCCAUAAAGAAAUAAAUAAUCUGAAUGAGUCAUAUGAAGUUAUGAAGAAAAACAUCAUACAUGUAGAAUCAACUGAAAAAGAAAAGGACAAGGAACUUGUUGCCUUGCGUAAAUAUAUUGCCCUGCUUUUGGAAGCUUUCUCUAGUUCAGUUGCAGAAAUAGAAAGCAGAAAAGCUGAAUUGCUCGGAAAGAAUUUGGCUGCUGGAGAUCUGGGGUUGAAAUCAGCAAAUCUUUCAGGUGGAUCUUUCAGUUGGCAAGAUGAUGUUUCCUCUGAGGAAUCUAUUAGAACUAUGGCAGACAAGCUGUUCUUGGCUGUGAGGGAUUUUAGUAAUAUGAAAGCUGAAAUUGUGGAAGGUAGUCAAAAAGAAAUGAAGAUUACUAUUAUUGAUCUGCAGAAAGAACUUCAGGAGAAGGAAAUUCAAAAGGAAAGGAUUUGCAUGGAUCUUGUGAAUCAAAUUAAAGAAGCUGAAGCAGCUGCUGCACGUCACUCACAAGAUCUACAAUCUUCAAGGAAUAGGGUGCAUGAUUUGGAGAAACAGGUUGAAGUGAUAAGUGUUGAAAGGAGUUUGCUGGAGCAGAAAGUGAACGAGCUGCAAGGUGCACAUGCCUCCUCCACAGAGUUAGAAGACAGGAUCACAUCACUGACUGAUGUGCUAGCUGCCAAAGACCAAGAAAUUGAGGCCCUAAUGCAAGCACUUGAUGAGGAGGAGGUACAGAUGGAAGAUCUUACUAACAAGAUUGAGGGGCUCGAAAAAGUUGUGCAACAAAAGAAUAUAGAUUUGGAGAACCUUGAAGCUUCACGAGGGAAGGUUGUGAAAAAGCUUUCCAUUACCGUGAGUAAAUUUGAUGAGCUUCAUCAUUUAUCUGCAAGUCUCCUAUCUGAGGUUGAAAAGCUUCAAUCUCAACUGCAAGAUCGGGAUACUGAGAUUUCUUUUCUUCGACAAGAGGUCACUAGGUGCACGAAUGAUGCUCUUGCUGCAUCUCAGCUUAGCAACAAGAAAACUUCAGAUGAGAUCCACGAGUUUUUGAUGUGGUUUGAUAUGAUCAUUGCUAAGGUUGGUGUGCACAAUCUGCAUCUUGAUUUUGAUGGUCAGUUUCAGGAGCAGAAGGACAUUAUUCAAAAGAAGAUUGAGUCAGUUAUUUCAGAAUUGGAGGAUCUACGGGAAGUGGCUCAUAGCAAGGAUACAUUGUUGCUAGUAGAAAGGAACAAGGUUGAAGAAUUGAAACGCAAAGAAGAAAUUCUUCAGAAGUCUCUGCAUGACAAGGAAUCGCAUUUAAAUUUUCUUGAAGGUGUUGGAGCUUCUGGAAAGGCAACAAGCAUGACCCCUGAAAUAUUGGAAGUUGAGCCUGUGGUAAAUAAUUGGACAGUUCCUGGAACAUCUGUUGCACCUCAAGUUCGCAGUUUACGCAAAGGCAAUAAUGACCAAGUUGCAGUUGCAAUAGAUAUGGAUCCUGAAAGUACUAGUAGGUUGGAGGAUGAAGAUGAUGAUAAAGUUCAUGGUUUCAAAUCACUCACCACAUCGAGAAGUGUCCCAAGGUUUACAAGACCUGUGGCUGACAUGAUUGAUGGCCUUUGGGUUUCUUGUGAUCGGACUCUGAUGCGACGGCCUGUUUUACGGCUCGGCAUUAUAUUAUAUUGGGCGGUAUUGCAUGCACUCCUUGCAGCUUUUGCAUUCUGAGAAGCCAACCUGGUUAGAAUUUGAUUUGAAGGCGAAAGGACUUGGGUUCUCCACCAUUACUAUUCUCUUAAUGGGCAUUAAUUUUGUAUGCAUAUCGUUGAUUUUUCCCUUUUUCCUAGAUGUGGUCAAAUUGAUCAUUCUUUUUAGCUUAACCAGGCAACUGCGAUUCCCCUUUUUUUUAUUUCUAUGAAUCUCAGAUUGCAUGGUUGUACUCAAAUAAGAAUUCCCCUUUGUAACCUUUACAGAGUAGAGUAAAAUCCAAAGGAUGUAUACCAUAGAUUUUUAUUGUUUUA